CUUCGGUUUCUACACCAAUCCCUUCUUUUUUUUCGCUCUCAUUCAUUCGUUGAACCUUCACUGUGUGAAGCAGGCAGACACUCUUUCAGACUCCUUUCCAUCGAACAUUCGUUUCCACCGAACAACGACUUCAGUCCUUCUCAGAAAAUACCUCUCUCAGCCAUCAUGUACAAGACUCUCACUUCCGUUUCCGCCAUUGCGGCUCUUGCUGCUACCGUCGCUGCCCACGGUACCGUCACUGGUGUCACCAUUGAUAACGUCUUCGAGCCGGGCUUCAAGCUCGACUACUACUAUGCUGCCCAAUACGGUGGUAACAUCCCCAAGCACAUUGGCUGGUACGCCGAGAACCUGGACAACGGCUUCGUUGGCCCAGACUCCUACACUAAGCCCGACAUCAUCUGCCACAAGAAUGCUAGCCCCAAGCUCAGCUCCGACAACCUGAGCAAGGUUGCCGCUGGUGGCACUGUCGAGUUCCACUGGACCGAGUGGCCUGUGUCCCACGUUGGCCCCGUCCUUACCUACGUUGCCGCUUACAGUGGUGACAUUGAGUCCGUCAAGAAGGAGGAUCUCAAGUGGACCAAGAUUGAGGGUGCUGGUUACGAGAACGGCCAGUGGGCUGCCGUCAAGAUGAUCGGCCAGAACAACACCUGGUCCGUCACUGUCCCCCAGAGCCUCGCUGCCGGCAAGUACGUCUUCCGCCACGAGAUCAUUGCGCUGCACGCUGCUGGCCAGGAGAACGGUGCCCAGAACUACCCUCAGUGCCUGAACAUCGAGGUCACUGGCAGCGGCACCGAGAAGCCCGAGGGUGUUGUCGGCACCAAGCUGUACACUCCCACCGACCCCGGUAUCCUCUUCAACGUCUACGCCAGCGACAUCAAGUACACCGUUCCUGGUCCUCCUCUCUUUGGCGCCGGCAGCUCCACCACUCCCACGCCUUCGAACUCUUCCUCGGCCCCUGCCCCUGGCGGCAACUCGGCCCCUGCCACGAGCCCCGUUGCCACCCCUGUUGCUGAGAAGCCUGCUCCUUCGGCUGCUCCCUCUGGCGGCAACGCUCUCCCCGAGAGCUUCACCAUCGACACCUUCAUCACCUGGCUCGAGGGUAAGGCCGGCAUCUCUUCCGGCAAGGCUCGCCACCACGCUCGCUCUUUCUUCUAAGCGCGCUUUUUUUUAUUAUAAGCGACGCGGGACGGAAAUGAUAUAUCAUAGCGUGUGUUUUUGGUUUUCUGAGCUUCGUUCGUUCGAGACGUAACGAGUGUCUUCGAUUCAUUGUGCAUAGUACAUACCCC